CUACCACAGAAUUGUGGAGCACAGAAAUCUUUCAUCUGCGAUAGAUGCUAAUUGGUUAAUUUGGUGUCCUACUCAUUGAAUUAUUUGAAAAUUCUUAGGUUGGAAUUCUCGGCUGCAGACCCACAUCUUCAAGCACUUUCAUUUUCCUCAAAGAUUAGUCAACGGAGAGUGAAUUUGAGGCCUCAAUUUCCUGCCCCAUUUCUAUUCUGGUUAUUCUGGUUUCUUGCCCUUUCAGCUCUACGGUGGACCCCUCCCAAAGAACUGACUCCCAGGAAGCAUUGCAGCCCGAAAUAAAGCUCUAGAAUGCAGCCUCAGAAGAGUUGGUUCUGGUUCAGGUGGCCCAUGUGGAGAAAUGCUUGGUACAUACCUGGAAGGCCAGGAACUCUUCUCGAGGGUGAGCAGCAGCAGCUGGAGACCCCGAAGGACCCAGAAGAUAAUGACGGAGCUCCUGCUCUCCCCUCAGGCAUAUCGGAGGCGUCUCCAGAUCUUCAGGGGACGGAUUCUUUUCUACAGGAGAAUCAGGGAGCCUCUCAUUCUUGUAGUCGGGACAAAGCAGAUGAUGUACAGGAGGAGGAAGGAAGACUCCACAGGACAUCCCCAGAAAGAAUGGAGGAUGAAAACGAGAACUGUGGGAAGAGAGAUGAAUUGCAGAGGGAGAAGGAAAAGGAGGCAAAUGAGAGGAAAAACAAGCCUUGCCCUUCUCUGAGAGGAGUUGUCUAUGAAGAAGAAGAGGAAAAGACAAGUAACAGAUGCCUCCAUGUCCUUCAGAGCUCAGAGUUUGGGCUAAGGAGCCCUCAGAGGAAAAGCCCAGUGAAAUGUCCAACAUGCCACUCAGAGGAAAGUCUGUGUCACUGUUUGGAGCAUGGAGAGAGUUCCAGAAGGAGCCCAGAAGAUCCAGGAUUUCCCACAGGAGAGAAACCUUAUGAAGACUCGGGGUCUGAAAAAUGCUUCAGUGUUAGCUCAGCUCUUCACGUCACUCAGCCGGUGCGCUCAGAAGGAGAAGUGUAUAAAUGUGAAGUAUGUGGCAAGAGCUUCGAGCGAAGGUCUGGACUUAAGCAACAUCAGAUAAUGCACACUGAGGAGAGACCCUACAAAUGUCAUGAAUGUGGAAUGACCUUCAUGUGGCAUUCAAGUCUCAGAGUACAUCAACAAAAUCACUCUCGGGAAAAACCUUAUACUUGCAAUGAAUGUGGGAAAAGCUUCAACCAGAAGAGAGAUCUUACAGUACAUCAGAGAAUUCACAUAGGAGGGAAACCAUUUCCCUGUGAAGAAUGUGGGAAAAUGUUUCCCCAAAACUCCAACCUCGUAGCAAACCAACAAAUUUACUCUGGAGAAAAAAGGUAUGCAUGCAAAGAAUGUGGGAAAUGUUUAAGAGCUCCCUCAAAGUUGAUAGCACAUCAGCGCUCACAUUCAGGGGAGAAUCCCUAUCAAUGUGACAUAUGUGGCAAACAGUUUAGCUACUGUGCAAACCUCAUCAUACAUCAACAAGUUCACUCAGGGGAAAAACCUUAUACAUGCAAAGAAUGUGGGAAAUGUUUCAGUGAUCCAUCAGCUUUCAAAGUACAUCAGCGGUGUCAUUCAGAGGAGAAACCCUAUAGGUGGGAAGAAUAUGGGAAAAGCUUCAACCAAAGCAAAGAUCUCAGAGUACCUCAGAGGAUUCGUACAGGAGAGAAACCCUAUCAAUGCGAACAAUGUGGAGAAAUGUUCUCCCAACACUCUGACUUCACAGUACACCUACAAAGUCACUCCAGAGAAAAAUCGUAUCCAUGCGAUGAAUGUGGGAAAUGUUUCACACGUCUCUGCAAUUUAAUCAUACAUCAGUACUCACAUUCACAGAAGUAUCCCUAUCAUUGUGAAGAAUGUGGGAUAGGUUUCACAGCUGAGUUACCCUUCACAAAACAUCAACAACUUCAUACUGGAGAGAAACCACAUGAAUGUGACGAAUGUGGGGAAAGAUUUACCUGGUUGUUCCAACUGAGAGAACACAAGAAAAUUCACUCCAAUGAGAACCUCUAAAAUGGAGAGAAUGUGGGGGAAAACUUGCUUGCAGAGCCCAGAGGAUCACAGUUCAGCAUAUGCAAAGAGAAUAGGAAAUCUGAAGAUUCUGCAAAAUGACCUUAAACAUUUGAAACUCCGUCUGAAUAUCUCUCCUGGGAAGAACAACAUUCAAAGAUUCAUAGGACAGUGAGAGCUCUACAGUUGACUUAAGCCUUUGUGGACCUACAAAAGUACUUCGGAAAGAAAUGCUAUGGUGGCUUUGAGUGUGGAAAUCCUUUGGAGGAAAUGUUCUCUUACUCCCAAGGUUCACAAACCCCACAUUCCUGAGCCCAUUCUACAUCAAGAAGGAGAUGGUCAACUGGGGUUAUGCUCUGGUUCAACAUCUGCAUGUUGGAAGAGAGUGACAUAGACUGGAUGUGAUGCGUGGAACUCCCUGCCCCGUUUUCUGUGAUUCUUUGUCUG